AUGCUUCCUGUCGGGGCAGUUCGCCGACUGGACGACGCAGCCCCACCUGUCGGCAACGACCUCUCAGAUAUUGUCGAUGCUGCAGGACGCUAUACUGAGAACGUCUACCCGACGUCGCCGUGGGUCCUGGCGCGGUGGAUCGCUCGGGGCCCCGUCGGACUGUGGAAUAAUGUGAAUUAUAAAGAGAAAAUGCCCGCCGCAGGUCUGGCUGUCGAGUGCCGACUGCAUGUGAUUCGGCAUCAUUCGACAGAGUAA